AUGGAGAGCCCCGUGAAGGAGGAGGUCGGCGGGGAGCUGGCGAUGGAGAUCGAGUCGAGCGUCACGGCCGAGGACUGGCGCCGCGCGCUCUCCCGCGUCGUGCCCGCCGUCGCCGUCCUCCGCACCACCGCGCCGCGCGCCUUCGACACCGAGGUCGCCGGCGCCAGCUACGCCACCGGCUUCGUCGUCGACAAGGCCCGCGGCAUCAUCCUCACCAACCGCCACGUCGUCAAGCCCGGUCCUGUGGUCUCGGAGGCGAUGUUCGUGAACCGGGAGGAGAUCCCUGUGUACCCCCUGUACAGAGACCCUGUACAUGAUUUUGGUUUUUUUCGCUAUGAUCCAGGUGCCAUAAAGUUCCUCAAGUAUGAGGAGAUCCCUCUAGACCCUGAAGCAGCAUCUGUUGGGCUAGAAAUCCGAGUUGUCGGCAAUGACAGCGGCGAAAAGGUUUCAAUUUUGGCGGGAACACUUGCUCGACUUGAUAGAGAAGCGCCUCACUACAAGAAGGACGGGUACAAUGAUUUCAACACAUUCUAUAUGCAGGCCGCAUCUGGAACUAAAGGUGGCUCUAGUGGUUCCCCAGUUGUUGAUUGCCAAGGAAGAGCUGUUGCGCUGAAUGCUGGAAGCAAAUCUUCCAGUGCUUCUGCUUUUUUCCUUCCAUUAGAACGUGUGGUUAGGGCACUGAAUUUGAUACGUGAUUGUUGGGAUGCAUUUGGUAUCAAGUCAGAAUCUGUUUAUAUUCCUCGUGGUACACUGCAGAUGACCUUUCAACACAAAGGAUUCGAAGAAACUCGACGUCUUGGACUGAGGAAUGAAACAGAGCAGAUGGUACGCCUUGUUUCUCCAGCAGGCGAAACUGGAAUGCUGGUUGUUGACUCUGUGGUGCCAGAAGGACCUGCACAUAAACAUUUGGAACCUGGUGAUGUGCUAGUUCACAUCAAUGGGGAGAUUUGUCUCAAAAGGUAUAUUCAUAAGAGAGGUCGGGUAGACCAAACUUGGGAGGAGUCCGUUAAGAGAGAUCUAAAGGACUGGAAUAUCACCAAAGAACUAGCCAUGGACAGGGGUGUGUGGAAGGUUGUAACCCAGUUUCUCGCAAUGGAGACUUUACUUGAUGACAGCGUUGGCAAGGAGGUAAAUUUGCAGAUUGAAAGAGGUGGAGUGCCUUUGACAGUAAAGUUAGAGGUUGAAGAUUUGCACUCUAUAACUCCAAAUCAUUUCUUGGAAGUCAGUGGUGCUGUCAUCCAUCCACUUUCAUACCAGCAGGCUAGAAACUUCCGGUUCAAAUGUGGUCUUGUAUAUGUUGCUGAAGCAGGGUACAUGCUCUCUCGGGCAUCGGUUCCACGCCAUUCAAUUAUCAAAAAGUUUGCGGGAGAGGAUAUUGAAAAUUUAGAUGACCUUAUUGCAGUUAUUUCAAAGCUGUCUAGGGGAGCACGAGUGCCUCUUGAAUAUGUAAAGUACACUGACCGUUAUCGGAACAAGUCUGUACUGGUGACAAUUGAUCAACAUGGUUGGUAUGCGCCUCCUCAGUUAUACACUCGAAAUGACGCAACUGGUCUUUGGAAUGCAAAAUUGGCUAUACCACUCGAAUCUCCCUUUGUAGUUUCCCAUCGUGCUGGCCAUAUGGAUGCAAACUCAAAUUCUGUUUCACCGUUGACUGAAUCAAGUCCUAUGGAUCUCAAAUGCCAGCACGAGUCUGAAAAUACGGCAGAUGGAUGCGUAAAAAUGCAAACAGAUGAGGAGAUUGCCAUAGAUGGAUCCCACUCUGGCGAAGAUUCCAUCCUUGAGAAAAAAAGGCGCCGGGUGGAUGAGGAGAUAGCUGCUGAGGGAACUAUAUCAUCUUUUGGAGAUUUAGAUGACAUGAAAGAUGGCGCAUUGAGGCAUCCUUCCAGUGUGGAAGGCUCCGACCUUGCUCGGACAAUAUCAAGUAAUGCUUCAUUGGCAGAACAAGUAAUUGAGCCAGCUCUUGUAAUGUUUGAGGUGCAUGUGCCACCAAUAUGCAUGCUUGAUGGAGUGCAUUCUCAACAUUUCUUUGGAACCGGUGUGAUAAUAUAUCAUUCUGACUGUCUAGGUCUGGUUGCCGUCGAUAGGAAUACAGUUGCUGUAUCUAUCUCUGAUAUAAUGCUCUCUUUUGCUGCAUAUCCCAUUGAAAUACCUGCAGAGGUUGUUUUUCUGCAUCCUGUUCAUAAUUUUGCACUGGUUGCCUAUGAUCCUUCUGCACUGGGAGCUGGAGCAUCUGUUAUUCGGGCUGCUAAGCUUCUUCCUGAGCCUGCCUUGCGCCGAGGAGAUUCUGUCUACCUAGUUGGGCUAAGUAGAAGCUUACAAGCUACAUCAAGGAAAUCAACCAUAACCAAUCCUUGCACAGCUGUUAAUAUUGGCUCAGCUGACUGCCCACGAUAUCGUGCAAUAAAUAUGGAGGUCAUUGAGCUUGAUACUGAUUUCGGCAGCUCAUUUUCGGGUAUAUUGACGGAUGAGCAAGGAAGAGUUCAAGCGUUAUGGGCAAGCUUUUCCACCCAGCUCAAAUAUGGUUGUAGCAGUUCAGAGGACCAUCAAUUCGUUAGAGGUAUACCAAUAUAUGCAAUAAGUCAAGUCCUUGAGAAGAUAAUCUCGGGUACUCCUGGACCAUUUCGUCUUAUCAAUGGAAUUCGAAGGCCGAUGCCACUUGUCAGACUUCUGGAGGUGGAACUUUAUCCAACUUUGCUUUCGAAAGCAAGAAGUUAUGGAUUGAGCGAUAACUGGGUGCAGGCUCUCGCUAAGAAGGACCCUGUGCGCAGACAAGUCUUGCGGGUCAAAGGUUGUUUGGCUGGAUCAAAAGCGGAAAAGCUUCUGGAACAAGGAGACAUGAUUCUAGCUAUCAACAAGGAACCAAUAACAUGCUUUCUUGACAUUGAGAAUGCUUGCCAAAAGUUGGACCAAUCUAUCGAUUCAGAUGGCCUGCUUAACAUGACAAUAUUUCGUCAGGGAAAAGAAAUUGACCUUAUUGUUGGAACCGAUGUAAGAGAUGGUAAUGGUUCAACAAGGAUGGUGAAUUGGUGUGGAUCCAUAAUUCAGGAUCCUCAUUCAGCAGUGCGUGCACUUGGCUUUUUGCCCGAGGAAGGUCAUGGAGUUUAUGUUGCUAGAUGGUGCCAUGGAAGUCCCGUACAUAGAUAUGGCCUUUAUGCUCUCCAGUGGAUAGUUGAAGUUAACGGGCAACCAACUCCAGAUUUGGAGUCCUUUAUUCAAGUGGUGAAGGGAUUGGAAGAUCGUGAGUUCGUCAGGGUGAAGACCGUCCAUUUGAACGGAAAACCACGCGUGCUCACUCUGAAACAGGACCUCCACUACUGGCCAACCUGGGAGCUCACUUUUGAACCGGAGACUGACACAUGGAAGAGGAGAACAAUAAAGGCGUUGCAGCCAACCGGGGCUUGA